UUUAUUGUGCAAACACUCCCACUCCUGCGUGUACGUUUGCAGUUUUCAAAUCUCGAUUCAAAUCAUGACGACCUAGGAUGACCUUUUAGUCAAGCGGCAAAGAGAAAAAGAUACAUUGGACCAAUCCUGAAGUUGGACCAUCGCAAGUUAUUAACCCCAAUCAGCGUCGAAGGAAUCUUUCUUGAAGAAGGCAGCGAGAGAGAGAGAGAGAGAAGAUGUCGUUUGGUAAGGGGGACUUCGGAGGAACUGGAGGAGGAGGAGUAGGUGGAGGUGGGUACAAUGAUGGAGGUUAUUCCACGUACUCAUCUGGAUCAGCAGGCAGAAACAGCUCCACCGCAGACUACAACAGGUUGACACAGAGUAUAGGUUCUAACAUACAAAAAAUAUCUCAAAAUGUGAGGGAAAUUGAAAGAAUAAUAACCAGACUUGGCACAUCUGACGAUAAUAAAAGCCUUCGAGCAAAGCUUGAUGAGGUACAGCAUUACACCAACCAGUUGGCAAAGGACACCAAUAGAAUGUUGAAGGAUUUAAGCUCCGCCCCUCCUCCAAUUUCUCCAUCUGAUCAGAGACAGCAGAGAAUGCAGAAAGAAAGAUUCACCAGCGACUUCACAGCGGCUCUUAAUCAGUUUCAAAGGGUCCAACGAGAAGCAGCCCAGAAAGAACGAGAAGGGGUCAAGCGUGUCCGAGCUCAUUCAGGAUUGGCUGAGGAUUAUGAUGAGGGUCCCAAUGCUCUGAUCAACUGGGAAAGCUCCAACCAGCCCCAAGCAAUGCAGCAAAGUCAAUUCCAACAAGAAGACUUUGAAGCCUUGAAGGAGAGAGAAUCUCAGCUCAAGAAACUUGAGUCUGAUAUCGUAGAUGUGAACACCAUCUUUAAGGAUCUUGCCACCAUGGUCCAUGAGCAAGGAGAUAUGAUUGACAGCAUAGAGGCCAAUGUGGAAUCAGCAGAGGUCCAUGUAGACCAAGCCAAUACUCAGCUUGUUAAAGCUAGUACCUACCAGAGUAAAGCCCGUCGGAAGAAGAUUAUGCUUGUUAUCUGUAUCAUCAUUCUCCUAGUCAUACUAGCGGUGAUCAUCUACUUCGCUAUUCCAAAAAACUAAUCGUAUCGGUAAGAUUUGGGUCAAGUUCAUUUCGCUCUUGGGGUAGUUUACAUAGGACUCGGGGGUAGGUUCUGAAAAUCACCUCUGGCUUAUCAAUACAUGAACAACCCCAACGAAAGGAACACACAAGAUAGAAAGAUGGGUAAAUGUUACAGGUGUUAUCAGCAUCCCCACCCCCUCAUCCCCUCACCCCUUCUCAUAAACAAAAGAACACACAAGCGCGAAAUGUGUAUAUAUGUUACAGAUUUUCCUUCAACCACUCCCUCACCCCUCUAAUAAAAAAAUAAAAAACACCAGCAAAAACACACAAAAACACACA